CUGGGAGAGAUAAGUCCAUGUAUUUCAACAUCAGAAGCGCUGCUGUUUUGUUGCCUCCAAGCAAGUCCUUCAUAGCAAACCCUCUUUGGUAUGGAGGUAGCAAACCCUCUAUUGGAUUAAAAAAAGGAUCAGAAGCAUGCUUGGUGGACUACAGUGCUUAUUACGCGAAGGUGAUGCAAGGAACGUUCAGAAUAAUAGAAAAAGAUGUCAAAUGGUGCAAUAUGAAGAUGUUGGACAGACGUCAAACGAUUAACGAACGACUAUUCAAAUGGCAUGCAACAGGUACAGUAGACUACAAGAAUGGAUUCAUUGUGUCGAUUGAGAAAAUCAACCUCACCGACAUUCGAGCUCAAGCGAUUAGAACAACAGUCAACGGCACACAAGAAAAUGCUCUGUUCAUUCAAGGGUAUGCCAAUCUGAACGAGCUUAAUAUUGGAUUCGAUGUCAUUGCCAAUUUAGACGACUCUGGGCCACAUCGAUUUACUGGAGAGUAUUCUCAUAAUCACGUCACUUUUCAUACAUCGAUCACAUGGAAUCGAGAUCGUAAAGAGCUGUCCACAACGGCGACGGUCCAGGCUGUAGGAGUUGGUAUUAAUCGUCACGUGAAUUACAGGCCUGCCAACAACAUAACGGAAAUGCUUUCUAGAAGCUUCACGGCCCAUGACCACGAUGCCAGCUUUAGCAGAUGGGCACGAGAAAUCAUCGCACCACGCAUGCUGGCAGUUGCCAAGAACAUAGAGUUUCCUUCUCUGCGCUUCGACAAAAGAUGCUGA